AUGACGACAGUAUUUCGUUCCUGUUUACCUCGAAUUUAUUCUAAUACUAAUCAAUCGAUAUCUAGUGAUAAUCUAUCGAAUAAAACAAAUUCAAAUGUAUCCCUCAAUAACGAUGAACAUGAUCAGAAUUCAAUCGACUGUUCAUCAACAAUAAUAAAUAAAAAUAUUUUGAAAUCUAAAAUAAAGCAUACAACCAAUUCAUUGGAUUUGCCCCCCACAAAAACUGAACUAAUCAAUAACGAAUGUAAUCAUACAGAUUUAUUAACAGUGCCUAAACAAACGAAAGUAUCUGGUAUAAAAAGUAGUAUUACGAACAAACGAGGCCCUUGCUAUUCGCGCAUCAAUGAAGAACAGAAGCCAUUAUUAAAACGUCUUGUAGGCACUAUAUUCGGUGAUCAUGGGUUUAGUAAUAAUCAACACAAUGAAAUAUUGUCAACUAAAAAACAACGGUCAAAACGACCAACUGUUAAUUCAAAAAAGUCUCUUCUUCCAUCAAAAUCAAUACUAAAAAAGCAAUACGAUGAUAAUGAAAAAACUCUACGUUCACUUGUUACAUUUCUUACACAAAUUGAAUCGAAUAUUCCAUUGCCAACCAUUCACACAUCAGUAACAGAUAUCACAACCGAUGAAAAUCAAAAUAAGAAUCUUCCAAUGGACAAAGAACACGCUCGCAAUAACAAUCGAAUGGAUGAUACGUAUGUUAAAAAGCUUGUUAGCGCAGCACCUUUGGGGCUAAAAUGUGGAACUCACAUGAUUUUUCGCCUAAUUUACUUAUAUAUAACGCGUGGUACGAAAUUUGCUGCAAAAAUCGAUCGAUGUUCAUCUCAUUCAAACGAUAGUUAUCAACACAAAUCAAAAGGUAAACAUAAUCAUCAACAUUCAUCAACAUCUAAACGUUGUGCAAAUACUCGAUCGACUAGAAAAAAUUAUUCAAAUAAAAAACCACCAUCCGACGACGAUACUCUAAGUUGCUCGUCGAUGACUUCUCAUAAUACAUUACCAUCUUCACCUAAUAUUCGACGGAAAAUGAUUGAUAAUCAACAACAAACUCAAAUCUAUCCAAUAAAAACAAAUAUUGGAACAUCAACACAAAUCAAUCAUACAAAUGAUGUAACAACAUCGGAACCAUCAUGGUUAGAUGUUAUGCGCGAAGAUCAAACAACGAUUAAUGCCUGGGCUCGUAUUCGACGUCGACUUAAACCUAAUCAACAGAAAGAUAUUCUCAGGUGA